AGAAAAAAACCACACACAUCUCUAAUUCGCUCGCAUUCUAAACUUCAAUUUCAUGAUGGGAUACCAAACAAACUCUAAUUUCUCCAUGUUUUUUUCCUUGGAAAAUGACGACCAAAAUAAUCAAGAUUAUGAUUCUUAUAACAAUCCGUCUUCAUCAACUUCUGUUGAUUGCACUCUUUCACUUGGAACACCGUCCACUCGUCUCGACGACCACCGGAGAUAUUCUUCCGCUAGUUCUAACAUGACCGGUGAUUACUUCUAUCACGGAGGAAGCGCUAAAACGACGUCGUACAAGAAGGGCGGCGGUGAUCACAACUUACCUCGCCGUUGUGCUACCUGCGACACAACUUCUACUCCUUUAUGGAGAAACGGACCAAAAGGACCCAAGUCGUUAUGCAAUGCGUGUGGAAUCCGAUUCAAGAAGGAAGAGAGGCGUGCAGCCGCCAGAAACUCAAUAACCUCCGGUGGUGGUUCAUCGGCGGCGGAAAUUCCGGCUGGUGGAAACUAUUACAAUCAUCAUCACUAUGCUUCGUCGUCGCCGUCAUGGGCUCAUCCGAACACACAAAGAGUUCAGUACUUCUCGCCGGCGCCGGAGAUGGAAUAUCCGUUCGUUGAUGACGCCACGGCUGCCUCCUUUCUGUCCUGGAACUGAUGUUUACGUAUAGCGAGAGAAGAAGAAACGUUAAUCAUGGACGAUGAUGAUGAAAGGUCCUAUACCAUAGAUUAUCACCCAAAGUAAAUCAGGCUGGUCAAAUUCAUUUUUUUUUGUUUUUAUUUAUGUCUUACCUCGACUCUAUCUACUUGUGUUUUCUUUUCAUGAAUUUUUGAAAGUUAUAUAUAUAUAUACGUACUGUUUUCUUUUCUUUUAUUGACCCUUUUCAUAAUGUUUCAAAUUCCCAACUUUAUU